AUCGAACCUCGGGACUAGUCAACAACCAACCAACACGAAAACUGAAUCACUAAUUAAUGAGAACGAGGAAAAAAGAAUAUGUAGAAAAUCAAAUUAAUUCGAUAUAAAACAAUUAACACACCAAAACAAAAAGAAAAAAUCAAAUUCAAAUUCAAUAAACAGAUGAGAAUAAAUCAAAAUAAAAGCCAAAUGUUGAAAUAGAAAAGAACUUGAAACGCCACCUGGUGGAUAGAAUUUUUAUUCUUCUCUUAAUUGUUUCGAUUAAUUUAAUUUUCCACUUGAAUUUUAUUCUCACAAAUGUCAAUGUUUAUUUAAAAAUUAUCCAAAAACUAUAAUAACAACUCAAGUAUCUUUUCCAAUCAAUUGAUUGUUAAUUAAUUUAAAAGAAUUGUAAGUUUAAUCAAUUCAAGUGAAAUUCCAAGUGGAUGAUUGUUUGAUUAUCGCGCUUCUAUUCAGAUAAGCGGGAAAAUCUUUCAGAUGUAAUUGUUUACAUUUAUUGUGUUGGAAUUUGCUAAUUGUUGCUAAUUCAAUUUUCUCUUGAGUUUUGUUUAAUUUACUCUAAUUUAAUUUUGUAAUUAUGUCCACUAGUAAAUAUCAUUAUUCUUCCCUUAAAUCGAUUCUUAAUUCUUCUGAUAAAUAUAAUCACAUUUUUGGUGUAAUUCGUAAAUAUCAUGAGCAAGGAGUUUACAUCCGAGAUGAAACAUAUGAUUCAAUUAAAGUUAAUUUCUCAUCAACUUUUGAGGCCAUUUUACCUCAUAUUAAGCCUGGUAAUGUGAUACGAAUCCAUCGUCUAAUAAGUUGUGGUGGUACACAGUUUAGAUGUAUUAAAGUUAGUGAUGUCCUUUUGUUUUCUUCAUUCAAGGAUAAAGAUGCUGCUUCUUAUAAGGUUCGUUUUGAAGCUAAACAGCCAACAAUUGAAUUGUCUGAUUUUGCUCGAGUUGCCGAAUUGGAGAAAUGGUUGGCAAAUAAACUAUUGGAAGUUUCCUUAAGAACAGUUACAAUACCCACUUGGUAUGAUUUGGUUUGUCAAGUUGUUGACAUUAAAGAUUUGGCUCCUCAUCGAGUCAUCUUGAUUGUUUAUGAUGCUUUCAAUCCUGGUCUUCGGAUUAAUUGGCUUAUACCAAGUGAACAAUGGGAAGGUUUUCCUAUGGAUAAACUGGUCUGUGUUACCGCUUGGGAUCGUCAUGCUAUUAAGGCCAGAAGACUUGAGAAAGGAUCACUUAUCGCUUUUUUUAACUUACAAGCAUCCGAAGCUAAACUACAACCAGGAAAUUUUGAGCUACAUUUACGAGGUGGAACUCAUUAUGGUAAAAUGAUACGAACUGUUCAUCCAAACAGUUUUCUUGGUGUUGGUUAUAAAUCACGGAUGGUAAAAUUACACCAAGAGAUGAAUAUCAAAACACCAACAGAAAAUCAACCCAAACAAUCAAAUGCUCCCAAAACGAUUAUUGAAGAAAUUGUCGAUUCAAACUCUACUCUUAAUCCAGCUCAUUCAACUCAGCUUUUAAACUCCGAUGAUGUUGCAGAUGUAAUUUGUGACAUAUCGGAUAUCGGCUCAUCCAUUUCAGAUGAAUCACCUAAAAACAAAGAGAGUCCUAAACCAAUAAUCUCUGUAAAAAAGUCAAAAUUAUCUUAUGAUGUUCAAUUUCCCGUAAUUUUUGACCUAAACGAGCCCGAAAAUUUAAUAGGAAUCAAAGAUUAUUUAGCUGCAAAUACAGAUGAACGGUGUUGUAUUAAAGCCAGAGUAAUGAGCUACAAACCAAUAUCCCGAAGCAUAAUUGAUUACAUUCAAUUGGUUUGUCCAAAUUGUGAUUACAAGGAGUCACCUUCUAUCAGCACAAUCAAUACAAUUAAGAAAUUAUCUGGGCCUAGAACUAAAAUCUCAUGUCCAGAAUGUCAGAAAAAAAGUGAACCUUACCAGUUAAAUGCGACACUAUGUAUCUACCUGUACCUUAGCGAUACCGAGAAUUAUGAAAUUCCAGUUACAUUAAGUAAACUCGAUCUAAUUAAAUUACUUGGUGUUCGCAUGAUCCCAGUUAUGAAUGAUAUCGAAGAAGCCAACAAAAUAUUUGAUUUCCUUGAUUUCAUUUGUCCAUCAAUCAACUUAGAAGGACCGAUCUCACCAUUUAAUUCCGAUUCCAGGCCAUUUUUGAAGUGGAUUAUCCAACGACAACCCGGUGGACUAAGGAUCAAAUGGGAAUAUCGAGCGUUAACAGUUUUUCCAAUUAAUUAACAAAAUACACUGAUCAUCCCUAAAUUGUUGUUAAUGAUUCUGACAAAGGAAUUACCAAAGAAAAAUCUAGUAACCAAUUAAGGAAUCUCACCUUCAUCAUCAUAAUCAUCUUCAUCUACUAAUCAAGUCACCAUAUUUUGCUAAUGAUCAAUUUUAUCAAGUUAUCACUAUCAAACCCUUAUUCACAAUUAGUGAUUUUAUUAAUCACCUAAACAAAUUGUGAUAAAGAAAUUUUCUCGUCUUGUUUGUUUAUCAAAUUUUCAACUUAAACAUUUUUACUGUACAAUAAUUUCUUAUAUAUUUCGUUGAUUAACAAAAAAUGUUCAAAUACUCCGUUUGUAAUAAUAAUCAAGAAAGAAAUCGAGUUGAUUAGUGACUAAUGAUUAAUCCCCGAUAUAAAUUGGAAACUUUCUCAUCUUAUUUGUCAAAUUUUCCAAGAUUUUUAUUGUACUGAGAGUUACAAUUAUUUCUUAUACAUUUGAUUGGAUUACAAAAAUACCGCUUAAAGCACGUUGAUGGAUAAUCGAUGGUGAUAAUAGGCCAAAAUCAACUAUUGGCAGUUAAUUGUGGACUGUUGAUUAAUGUAAAAAGUUGAAAACUUAUCCAUUGGGCUGAUUAAAUCAUCUUUUACAAUUAGAAUUGA